AUGGAACAGCUUGGGACAAAUGACAAUCACAUAAAACUUGUUGUUAUGGUUCGGGCACAUUGGAGCUUGCCGGAUGGGGGUCCAAAGACAUAUAGAAAGAGGGAAACAUUGACUACAACUGUUGACCGCCAUGACUAUAGCUUGCUAAAGUUGGUAGAUUUCAUUGGUGAAAACUUUGUAUGGGGUUCAAAGCAAUACAUUUCUUUGUGGCGGGCAGUGGAGGAUGAUUGUAUUGAGAUUACAUCUGAUGAACUACUGUCCGAGUGGUUUGAGCUCAACAAAGACAAGGGGGAAGUCCAUAUUGUUGGUCAAAUCAAUGACUUUGAAGGGCCAUUGCAGUUCUCACCGACCAAGCACAGGCUUCACCCUAGUGUUCGGAACCUUCCGAGUACUGCACCUAUUGAUUUGGAUCCUUUCAUAGAUCCAACACAGUCUAGUCAGUAUACAAAUGAGCUUACCAAAGUGCACAGGAAAGUCACAAAUAAUGUAUUGAGUGAUAGCAGCUAUGACUCUGAAUUGGCUGCAUCUUCUAACUCUGAAUUAGAUGAAUUUUCUGACUCUGAGUACUCUGACCCUGAGUAUGAGCCUGAUCUUGAGAUAGUUGAUGAAGAUGACAAUGAUGAUGUUCCUGAUUGUUCUUAUGAUGUUAAUGCUCCAUGUGUUGAUAUUGGUUGUGUGUUUCGUGAUGUGAAUCAGUGCAAAUCGGCGUUAACCCAACAUGCAAUCUUGAAUGAUUAUGCUUUCCGUACUGCGAAGAAAGAUAAUGAGCGAUAUCGAGCUAAGUGUAUGAGAGCUGAUCAAGGCUGCAAGUGGACCUUUUUUGCCUCUACUAGCAAGAAAUGUGUUGGAUGCAAGGUUAAGACGAACGGUCCGAAGCACACAUGCAGUUCGGUGAAUCAGUGUGGUGACACAAUGGCAUCAAAUAAUUGGGUUGCUGAAAGGGUGGUUGAAUUCUUGAAGGAGGACUCAACUUUGGGACCUACGGAGUUACAACGUAAGCUGAAGAACAAGUACGCACUAAAGGUUUCUUACAGCAAGGUUUUCAGGGGUAAGGAAAAGGCUCUAGAGAUGAUAUUUGGUAAAUGGGAUGACAGUUAUGACUUGCUUAUGCUUUGA